UCCCCACUUCACCCUCGACUUGCUUCCUCCCUCCCCGCAGCUUUACAUACUCUGCUUUUUAAUUCGACUCCACCUCCCCCCUCGUUUUAAAAGGACACAAGGGGAGGCUCGACACCCGAGAGGAGGUCACGACGGACGGAACGAUGCGAAAGUAGGUGGGGGGGUUAGAAGGCGAACCACAGCGUUGGUGAUGGAGGGAGAGAAGAGGAGGGGAAGGGGGGGGCAGGCUGAGCACAUGAGAGGAUAACUGCCUGUUUGCUCACUCUUGUCGUCUUGCUCCCCCUCCUGUUCGUUCACUUCCACUCGCAGCGCUCCAACCGCCAGGCAGCCAGCUCCCAGGGAUGCCCACCAAGGUCCCCACGUGAAGGGGAGACCGAGGCGGGUAGGGGUGGGGGGCGGGGGACAUAGUGCGAGAGAGAGAGACGGGAGACGAGGCGGCGGCGGGAAUAACGAGCUCCGCCGGAGGGAUGCGAGGACCGACCGGAGGAGGAGAGCGACGUGGUACGUGUGACUCAGUUCGGCAUCGCCGUGGCGAUAAGCCCGCGUUUCUACUGUAUUGAGCCACGAGGAAAUGACUCGGUGAAAGAAGGGCCGAGAGAAGAAAAGAGCUUUGAAGGGGGGCAAUAAAACCAAGGAAGUGAGAGCCACAAAAGUCGAAUGACGCAGGCCGUGAUGGAGAGCCAAGCGGGUCCGGUCUAUAACUUGGCCGUCCUUCCUCCCGUUGGCCCGGAGGACACAGCGGUUGGAGAGGUCGAACGGCCAAUGUGAUUGACACAAAACUGAAGGACAGGUUGCAUCCUCCCUGCUUGUUCGCUCGGAAUCGGACUCUCAGAAGAAUGGCAGGCGAGAGCAAGAGAAGAUAUGCGGCAGUUUGAAGAAUAUUUAAACUGCAUACAUUUAUUUUUCUACAGAUAAAAGAUAACGGACUUGAAUCUCUUCCUUUUGACCUUUCAUCAUCUUGACCUGUGAAUAUGACUUUACCUUGGAUUCGAGACAAGGGAUAACCUGUGCACGAGCCAAAACGGACGUCAUUCCAGACGACACGUCACCGAAACUCCCGAUCUCUCGCUGUAUUAAUGUCGAUAAGGCAAAUGGAAAACCAAUGUCCUUAGCGAUGCACCGAUAAGCCCGGCCGGGCCUUUUGCGUCACAUCGGACUGCCCGCAGAGUCGUUGGAUGUUGGGGGAGAGCCAGAGGAAAGAGCCAUGGUGAGCAAAGAGCCCAACCUUUUGCUGACGGGCCAAACCAACGGCAAAAGUGCCCUGGCAGAAAAAACGGGGACAAUGACCGUGCGUUCGGUGCUGCUCAAUCGCGACUCCCCGGAUAUCGAGAGUCGCCUGAGGCGGCGCCGCAACCGCACCCACCAGGUCCGCUUUAAAGACCUGGAGGAUGGCAGCAGCAGCAGCGGCAAUAGCGGCACAGGCGAGAACAGCCACCAGAGGCCGGCAGCAGACUGCGGUAGCCCUCAUCCUCUGCGCAAACAUGGCAGCAGGUCCCCCAAGGGACCGUGGGGGGACAGGGACGGACCACGAACUGACAGCCUCCCAGGUCAGACCUCCGUGGUGGGGGCGGUGCGCGGGGACAUGGCGAGCACGAUCGAGGUCGUGGCUGCUUUCUUGGCCAGGGCCCCUCCGCAUCCGCUGACACCGGGGCCCACGCGUCGAUGCUGGGCACCGCCACAGAGCAACUCCCUGACCUUGCCAAUGACGCGCAAGCCAAGCACCAGCACAGCCAUCCAGACCUCGCCAUGCCUGAAAAAGUCUCUCUCCUCCACGCACACCCGAAGCCCCAGCCUUGGUGAUUCCUUGGGCAUAGAUGGCGACGAUGAACACGACUCCCAGGACGAGUACUUGUCACACAACCACGUGGCGCUGCCGGGCUCCAAGGAUCUGAACGGUUCUCAAGGGCCUGUGGAUCGAACUGCGCUCGAACGGAGGUCGAAAUCCUCCGAGACGGACGUGAAAUCACCUGUCGCUGUCACAAAAAACUCCAGACACAGUUGUCCUCCAUCAGUCCUUCACAACACCGAGCCAUUCCACUGUCCCGCCGCGUCCUGCCGAGACGGCCCCAAGCGGCAGGGCAGUGUCACCCCCUCGCUGGUCAGGAGGCGAAAACGUCUGAAUAGGACAACGAGCGAUCCUGGAAAGGAAGUGCACUACUGCACCACUCCUACUCAGACUGAAAGCCCUCGUCCGACAACGCCGGAUUCAAACACCAGACUUUUUACUUCGCGAGUUCAAACCGAGUGCACGUCAGCCCGUUUAAAAUAUUGCACUACGCAAAGUCAAACGGAGGGUAAACAACAGUCGGCAGUCCAGAUUCAAAACAGCGACUCAAAUUCGACCCUCCCUUUAAAUAGUACUCAGCGCACCACUCGGAUACAAACAGACUCUCGCUUGCCUUCGCCUCCAGACCGUCCAUCGUCCCAGACGCAAACAUCCGUCCUGAACGCUUCACCGCAUCCGUUAGAAUCGUCAAACUCAGAUCCAAUUCAAGUCGAGAGUCCUCGAGCGCCAAAUGACAUCCACGAGCCUCCCUCCACACAAAUAACUACUGUGCCUUACUGUUCAUCUCCGCCCCCUACAAGCGCACCGACACCGAGCCCUGAACAAUGCACUGAGCCAUCUUGCGCCCCGUCGAUCGAGCCGGCUAGCGUCCCCUCACGCCCCUCGGCGGCCCUUCCCGUUUCUUGCUCCGCACCCACUGUGAUCCCGCAGCCCAUCUCGUACUAUACCCACGUGACUCCGCCGGAAUUUGCCAGUGUGCCGUUCGUCCGCUCCGCCCCACUGUCAGCAGCACCAGCAUGCGCUACUGCAAAGUGCACCUCAACUGUGUCAAACAUGGCAUCAUCAAUAACCCUCGCCCGCCUUACUCCUUCUCCUGUAAGUAACCCAGGUGGGGCUCCGUGUGAUCCCACACACCGAACACAACCACAGGCUCCAAAGCUCCCACCGUGUUCAAUAGUGACCCAAGCUGCUUUGUCUUGCACCUCCAUCUCCUACUACACGGGCUCUCUCCACAAUCCCGCCACCCCUUCGUGUACAACCCUUAUACAAACCGUAGCGCACUGCAACAUUCCAUGUCAAGCUUUGCAAAACACCACCUCGGUCAACGUCGGCAUGGUGCCCUACUCCGCUCCGGUCCCCAAACUGACGUGUACGUCCCCGCAGCCGCCCGUCAAUCUUCCAAACGCGCACCAUUGCGCCACGCCGACAAAAGCCGUUCCUCUGUACUCGUUUCGAGCAGCGCCGCCAUACACCCCUCCCUCUCAGGCUCCCUUGAAUGCUCAGGAUAAGAGGGGCAUUCGACUCCCACCCCCUGCGCCACCGCCACCGCCCUACACGCCACGUAAAAAAGGAAAUGACCCGCCGGCGGCGGCUGCGGUCCGACCAUCCGUGCUCAGUGCAGAGAGCAAAGCCAAUGAGAAGGAUAAAGACGAAGAGAAAGAGAAGAAAGAAGCUGUAAAAGGCACGGACAUGCCGAAGCUCUGCGAAAGAGCCGGCUCUCCGAAGCACAGGGCAAAAACUCAGCCAGUGAAGGGAGAAAAGCCAUCCUCUCCCGCCAAGGCCUGUUUUAAGCCCAGCUGUCUCAGCUCAGCCCAGGCUCAGCUUGGGGUACUACACAAAAUGCUCUGCGCAGGAGCCAACGCUUCCAACAGCCAACACGCUCUCCCUCCAAUCCAGCAGGCAUGUGCCGUUUCCGGGGAGAAGCCCCUGACUCCUGCCCAAGCUGACACGUUGAGGCAGGUACAGGAGAUUCUGGGAGGCUUAGUGUCCGGGGCCAGGUGUAAAUUGGACCCGGCUCGAGUGACAGAGAAGCUCCUGGGUCCCAACGGGCCCUUGCGUGACAUUCGCAGCCUGCAGCACCAUCUCCACAGUCUGGAGGGGGUCCUGGAGACCAGCCAGAAUACCAUCAAGAUCCUACUGGAUGUCAUUCAAGAUUUGGAGAAGAAGGAGGCCGAGCGAGACGGAAGACAUUCAUACCGAACCGGUCAGGACAUUGAGAACUGCGGGACCUGCAGGGAUUGUGCGUGCAUCAUCUACAGCGUAGAACACGACUUUCGUCUUCAGGAGGGGCAGGUGGUCCGCACGUGGAAGGUGGGCGACCCUCCCGAGGGCUCGCCCCAGACCUCGACCCCUCCCUCCAGCACGCCCAGCCAACAAGACUCUCCCCAAGCUGUGCGUCCCACUGCGCCCACCAAGAAGAACAGGAAAAAAUGCUUCUGGUUCCUCUGAGGGGAGGAAAAGGGAACAAAAAAAAAAGACUUUUGCUACUGCAAUACGCCUGCAGACGGGGGAUUUCAUGAGCGAGCUGGAGGAUUAUGACCUGCAAAAACUGUGGGAGGACGAGACGCAAAGGUUGAGAUUCGAGCGCCUUGUUGUUGGAGGUGAUGACAAUGAUUUGAUGUGCUUUUAGAGCGCUCCCAAAAGGCCUCUUCAGCUUUGUUAUGGCGCGGGACGGUCGCUUCAAGUGCAAUAUGACUAAGCAAUGAUGAGAUGUAAAGAGAAGAAAUACAGAUUAUCUACACUACGCACAAAAAGUUAGGGACAGUUGGCUUUCGGGGAGGGGGGGGAGGGAUUCAGGAUGAAUUUGUCCAACUGAUCAGGUUUUUUUUUUGUACUUUUUGCCCAGGUUGCUGUUCAACAAAGCGCUGAAGGGCAAAAUUCACAACAGGUCAACCAAUUAAUUUCUAAGAAGGUCCACUUCUAUACCUUACAGUGACACUACCAGUAGCAACCUGACAAAAGCACCUUUUGGGAAUGUUGCUGUUCAUGCAAAAAGACUGAAAACAACAGACAGUUGGACAUGCGCAGUCUUAGAGUAGGUCAAGUUAAGUACACAAAUACAAGUUAUUGUGCAUUGGAGGAGCUAGGAUUUUUUUUUUUUUAAUGGUAUCUCAGGGGGGUCUCUAAAACAAAGAAAAUGUCUUGAAAACCCAGAAAAUACUGAUACAUGUUCUCUACGUGGGAUGGGAGAAAAUAUGGGAAAUCAUUUUCUGAAAAUACCCAAAAGUCAUCUGGCCUGGUACCGGGUAUAUUUCAGGGGGUCCAGUGCCCUCAUGGCCCCCCCUCUAGCUCCGCCAGUGCUAUUAUAUGCAUCCUGAAAUUUCAUGGUAAGAAGGCCAACUUCCUUAAUUUUCUUUGAGCAGUGUAUAAACAUAUAUAAAUAUAUAUAUAUAUCUAUAUAUAUAUCUAUUCAGUCAACUAUCAAAAGGAAUUUGGAAUCAUCGUCAUUAAAGGACUAAUGAGGGUCAGAACACCAGCUUUUAUAUUCAGAGACAUUUAAAGACACCAUCAAAGACAUCUUUUACUAUUCUGUGGGAGAAAACCACUCGGCAUUUCCAUGCGCAAUGACUCACGCCCCCCCCCCCCCUUUGUCACACCCACACGCAUAAAAGCAAAAGUACAUUCACAUGUCAAAGUAUAUAAGAGACUUCUGUGCAUAUUCUGCCAUGAUGUUAUAUUUCAGAUAUGGAUUAAUGCUCUAUUAAAAAAAACAAGUAUUUUACCACA